AUGGAAUUUGAAGAUAUCGAACCCGAUAUCCACCAAUUCUUGGUGAAAAAUCGCGGUAUCCUGUUGAAUCUGAUCGAGAAAGCGCUCCUCAACAACGAGAAAAUGCCGUCCGAAUCCGAGCAAACUCGAAUCGCGAGGGAUAACAAGUUGAGAAGCCCGAGCUCGUCGAGGGGAACUCCGUCAGUGAAUGGAAAAGACAGUCGCCGUAGCAUCAAUUCGAACUCUGGAAGCCCACCGCCGCGUCGUGAUCGAUCAGAGAAGAAAUCAAGAAAGAGAACACCCAGCCGAUCAAGGAGUCGCUCAAGAAGUCGCUCACGCACUCGCAGCAACACGUAUUCACCGGUGCCCCGGCGUCACUCAACCUCUUCACGAUCUUCUCGAUCUCAUCUCCCACCACCCUCACAAGUCCAUUAUGGACGUGGGCGUUAUCGGGAUGGUCGAGAUCGUCCAGAACCUUGUCGAUGCUUGGGAAUCUUUGGCAUGAGUUUGCACACAACCGAGAGAGAACUUGAGGAUAUUUUCAAAGAGUUUGGAACUGUUGAAAAUGUGCUCAUCGUGCGCGACAAGCUAACCGGUCGGAGUCGAGGCUUUGGAUUCGUCUACUACAGUCGCACCAAGUACGCUACCCGGGCAAAAGACGAGUUGACGGACGCGAUGAUUGACGGGAUGAAAGUCCGGGUUGAUUACUCGGUCACCGAUCGUCCGCCCGUGCCCCGUUAUGGUGAGAGACAC